AUUCGGUGACGAGCAGAUCAUAGGAGCAGAGCCGACACCCUCUUGAUCUGACAUGACUACACUGCGCAAAUGCAAACAACUGGAGCUGAAUUGGGAUCGGGGAGGAUGUUGCUAGCUAACCGACAACUGACCGAUUUUCUACAGUAGGAGCACCUGGCAACAAGAUCCCAAUGACGAGAUUAACAAAAGGGAACACGUCUGUGGGAUGGUAGCUGCAUUCGGAGAAUACCAGAUGGAGGCGUGUUGAAAAUCAAAGUGGUAGACUAGACUAAUUCAAUUAUAACACACUAUGAUAGCCUUAGCCAGUAUUCUGGUGGACACGGGAUUGUAGCUACACCAAGGUAAACUAGCAAGAGGAAACCGUCCGGCCAAGGAAGAACUACCAAAGAAAACUAAGGGAGCUCUUGCCAUUCAUCAAAACCUAUUUAAAACCUGUCGUUUUUGGCUGCUUAUGUGUACAUGGUUAUAGUGUCAGUUAAAUUGUUGAAUAGCUGACGUCAGAGUAUUUGAGUUAACUGCUGCUUGUUUCGCAGACAUUACAACUGAUGUUAGCUAGUCUAGCUGCCAGCGAUCAGUUAAAGUUCGAGAUAUGUUUUGCUGAACAAAGGGGUAACCAGCCUUGGAAAUCCCCUAGCUCGCCGCAGCUUGAUACAUGUACUGCAUUAAAACAAUUGGUAAUUUGGGAUCUGAAACGUUAGAUAACCUCACAACUGCACACAUAGCUAGUCUGCCUAGUUCUGUUUGAGUGUAUAACGUUGGGUAUUAGCUUGCUAGCUGGCUACUUAUUCAUUGCUUGGAUAACCUUAGCGAUAGCUACCACUUUCUAAAUAUUCGUGUUGUUAUUGUAGUCAGUGUUCGCGAUAACUUUGUCUUCUGUUAGCCCAAGUGGCCCUAAGCAACUAGCUAAUGUUAGCUGAAUGUGGGCAGACUUUGUGGCUAUUUAGCUAAGGAAUGCAAAGCAUGUGGCUAACGUUAGUUGUUCACGAUAGGCUAUGGCUUCUUAGCUGCCUUAAUAUCUAGUUUCAUAAGUUAAAUUACCUUACUCAACAUGCUGAAUGUCGCUUUGGUAGCUAGCUAUCACCUUACUGUGAUGUGAAGACUGCAUUUGAAGACUAAACGUGUCAACGAGUGUUUACUAACGUUACACUGAACGAUUUAAAUCCUGUCUGACCGCUUCCCCAACUGGUAAUCGGACAUUCAAGUACGACGCAAACGUUUGCUUUGAACUAUAACUUACAAGGGAGUAAUCAAGAAGCUCGCUGUUAUGGAUAAAGAACAAGAAGAGAAUAGUGGCCACUCUGCAGAUUCGGGGAGUCUGCUGGAGAUCAAAGAAAGUCUGGCAGACGGAGAAAGCUCCCUCGGCUCUGACUCUGAAAUCAACGGCUUUACGGUCGACGAGAAGCACCCAGAUAAAUACGGAUUCAUUGGAGGUGCACAGCAGUACACGGGAGACUCGGCUGAAGACCUCCCUCCAGAGGUGCUGAGGCAGAGGGAGGGGAAAUGGCUGGACAUGCUCAGCAGCUGGGACAAGUGGAUGGCCAAGAGACACAAGAAGGUGCGGUUGCGCUGUCAGAAGGGCAUCCCGCCCGCCCUGCGAGGGCGCGCGUGGCUCUACCUGUCCGGGGGGAAGGUGAAGCGGGAACAGAACCGUGGAAAGUUUGAGGAGUUGGACAGUCAGGCAGGGGACCCCAUGUGGCUGGAUGUGAUUGAGAAGGACCUGUACAGGCAGUUCCCCUUCCACGAGAUGUUUGUGGCGCGAGGAGGUCACGGGCAGAGGGACCUGUUCCGCGUGCUGAAGGCCUACACCCUGUACCGGCCAGACGAGGGCUACUGCCAGGCCCAGGCCCCCAUCGCGGCCGUGCUGCUGAUGCACAUGCCUGCGGAGGACGCCUUCUGGGGGCUCGUCCAGAUCUGUGAGAAGUACCUCCCGGGAUACUACAGUGCGGGCCUGGAGGCGAUCCAGCUGGACGGCGAGAUCCUGUUCGCCCUGCUGCGGCGCGUGUCCCCCAUGGCGCACCGCCACCUGAAGAAGCACAACAUCGACCCCAUCCUGUACAUGACGGAGUGGUUCAUGUGCGCCUUCUCCCGCACCCUGCCCUGGGCCUCGGUGCUGCGCGUCUGGGACAUGUUCUUCUGCGAUGGUGUGAAGAUCAUUUUCCGGGUGGGCCUGGUGUUGCUGAAGUGCAUGCUGGGAACUCAGGAGAAGCUAAAGGCGUGCCAGGGUCAGUAUGAGACCAUGGAGCUGCUGCGUGCCCUGGACCCCCACUAUAUGCAGGAGGGCUUCCUGGUCCGAGAGGUUCUGGAGUUGCCGGUGUCUGAGCGGGACAUCGAGAAGGAGCACCACACGCAGCUGAAACGCUGGAAGGAGAACCGCGGUGAGCUCCACUACAAAUCUCCUCCCAGAAUGCACGGCGCCAGGGCCAUCAUGACUGCGGAGCCCCCCAGCCGCCAGGACCUGAGGCAGAACCCCACCAUUAUUGUGGAGUUGCCCCCGGAGUCGGACCUGCCCGACGACUCCACCCUGAAGCCCGAGAGGGAAGAAGCCGAGACGAAGGAGGAGAAAACGAGCGUGAAGAAGGGCAAGGACGAAAAGAAAAAGGAGAGGAGCCUCAGCAAGAAGAUCAAGUCAAAGAAGGCGGCUCCACAGGACAUUCCCAACCCCUACGCCCUGCCCACUGACCAGGAGCUCCUCCUCCACUACACAACCCAUCAGGGUUCUGAUGCCCCGCCCACUGGCCCUGUGCCACUCCUCAACGACACACCCCUUCAGGGUUCCGAUGCCCCGCCCACUGACCCUGAGCCCCUCCUCAACGACACACCCCUUCAGGGUUCCGAUGCCCUGCCCACUGGCCCUGUGCCCCUCCUCAACGACACGCCCCUUGAGGGUUCCGAUGCCCCGCCCACUCACCCUGAGCUCCUCCUCAACGACACGCCCCUUGAGGGUUCCGACCAGAGCCUGAGCAGCACGGAGCAAGACACCUACCUGUAGCCGGCUCUUGCCCUCCCUCCUGUGGUGGGACUGUGACAGUGCAACUCCGAAGCUGCCAGGAGUGGGAGGAGCAAAGCCGCAAAACUGGUCUCACUGGCUCACCCGUCUCAGCAUCUCAGACAGACCUCCCUCUUCCUCUUGCUCCUCCUCUUUUGUGUACCUGCCUCCUGUCUGUCUGUCCAUCUCCCAACCCUCCUCCAUAUAUUCCAUUUCACCCUGCCCCUCCGUCUCCCAGAACAUUCCUGUUCUUUACACUUUAAUGGCCACCCACACUGUGACUCUCAGGCCAGAACUCACCUGCAAAUGGGAGAAUUCAAAUUUUGUUUGUUGUCUUAGACUUUUUUUCUUUUUUUGUGCUGCUUAGGUGGAGAUUUUCUCCUAAACUCUUGUUAACAUUCAUGGCUGCAACUUCACUGUCCUCACUGACUUUCUUUUUCACUGAUGAAAUGUUGUUGCCAUAAAUUAUGUGAAAUCAUAAUAAGAGGACCAAAAAUUUACCUCUGAUCUGCCAAUCUUACAUAGGUUACCGUAUAAUCAUACCUAGUCUUAGCAUGUGGACCAAUGUUUCCUCUGUUAGUUGGAUUUUAAGAGAUUGUGGUGCACAACAGGAAUGAUUAAGCAUUCUAGUCUUAGCUCUUUUGUACAGAAUGCCAGUAUUUUUUUGGUGAUUUUCAAAAUACUGUUGUAGAGACUUGAAAUGGUUUCAUUUCACUGCAGGAAACCACCAGUAAGGUAUAAACAGCAUAGGAAAGCCAUUCCAAGUCUCUGAUUUGAGCUCAGAAUGCUUAGUGUGUCGCCAGUGUAAUUUCACAUCUCACAUAUUGAUGACACGAGAGUGGGGCUAGCACCCCACACCACAAUGUGACUAUGUAGCGAUAAUGUGCCAGGCACUUAGACUUUUUCCACUCCACACUGUGCGCUUUAGGCCAACGUGAGGUGGAAAGUACAUUGUGGUCUUCUUUUAACAUCUUGGCUUUAAGAGCUUGCUGCUUCAGUUUCAGGAAGAGGAAGUAAACCUUUUUUUGGACGGGUGGAUUUUUAAUCUCUAAACCAAAUAUUCAGGGGUUUUUUGUGGGGGUUUAGGGGUGGGUUCUUCGUGUUCAUUAUUGUAUGGUCUCACCCACCACCCACUUACCAGGUGCAUGGCCAGUGGUUGUGCCACAAUCAUCCGUGGUGGGGUUUGUAUUUGGGGACUCAUGGGAGAUUUGCCUAACACAGCUGUAUGGAAUGUACUUUUAGCCCUCAGUUUGAGGGUGUCUGUCUGUGGCCUUCCCUGGGGCAGAGAUUCUAAGGACCACGCCUACAGAGUAUCUUAUGUGCUCGGGGUUUUAUAAAGAGCUAGGGAACAUUUACCCGUGUAGAAAAGUCAGGCAGAUCAUACAUUAAAGUGCAACUGGGAAAAAUGCACUUACGCAAGCGCAUAAAAGUGUGUGUUUGCUUGGUUUUAUUGGGCACUGGUGUCUCACCAUCAGAUUACGUUGCCUGUGUAAGCCAAGGUAGACCUGACUCAAGGGACCCAUGAACCUUUGUAAUCCUCUCUUGGAACCUUUCUUAAAUGUUUAGCUAAAAUCUUGCUUUUAUUGUUAUUAUUUUCAGUCCUCUCUGGUGUGCAUUUACCUUUGGAGUGAUGUUACACAGUAUGUUUUGCACAUUUGCAGGCAUACAACAAGCCAAGCCAGCAAAGGUUGAAACGAUGUUUAUGACACAUCUGGUAUCAGAAAUCUUACAUUUCGUAAGAUUUUUUCCAAUAUUGUAAAGGCAAGUUGUAUAUAACAAUUUAAAUACUUAACAUUGCUUUAUUUCAGAUAGAAAGUUGAGACUGUUACGACACUAUACAUCUAGAUUUAUAAAUAAAAGAAGCACUUUUGUACAGCUUCUUCAAGCAAAUAUUUGGGAAGAAUGUGUAUAAGCUGUUUGUUGAUUUUGCUUCCCCAGGGAAAUGAUUGCUCAGAAUGAUUAUUUUAAAGCUUUGUAUUACUGAAGAUAUCGUAUGCAUGUGUAACUGAGAUGCGGUCAGACUGGAAGAGGACUGUUGCUUUGUGGCCUGGCCGCAACCAUAGGUCAAAGGUCAGCGUAUUCACAUUGAUCACACAAGGUCUAGUCAGGAGCCAAGACAAUGAUAACUCUUAUAUGCUGUAUUCAAGAUGCAAAAAACAAGGCCAAGAUUAUGCAAGUAUAAAAACUGUAAUUUAUGUAUGUAUGUUUAGUUUUGUUUGUUUUUUGUCAGCGCGUUUGCUGAAGGGAAUGUCACACACUCGUCAGCCCUAUUUGCCACCGAGUGUCCCAGAAUGCACUUGUUCUUCAUGUGAUUUGUUUUGUAAGUACAGAAUUACCAUAUUGGUUGCUUCCAUUUAGAGAAACGGCUGAAUAGGCUUAAAAGCUUUUUGGCUUGAUUUGAAAGGAGAUGUCAUACAGAGAUUCCAACCACAGUCAUUACAGCUAUGGCAGCCCAUUCAUAAAGGCAGAUUCUGUAGAAUUGUGUGACGUACGUAACGCAGGACUGCGUAACCGGUCUAGUAAUUCUGUGCAAGGGGAGUGAACAUAUUGCUGGGUUGUGUGUGCACUAAUCUCUCCCAAUGUUAUUAUCGCUCUGUUGAGUGAAAGCCAAACAAUCGUGUCGCUGUGAUGGACUGGUCGGAUCAGAUGACCACUGAACUUGCUGCCCACAUGCUGCACAAAUAAGACCUGCUCAUUGUUCAUUGCUGUCCUUAAUAAACAUUUUUUUGUGCUUGUUGA